AGUGCAUAGUUCACCAUAAGGGCUUUGACGCAAUUCACCUUUUUCCUCUUCCGAUUUAUCUUUUUUAAUGCUGUAGGGUUAAUUUAGGAGGAUCUUCCGUCCUUGCACAGAGGUUCCUGUAAGGGGAGAACAGCCGAGAUGAGCAUGAGAUAUCAUCAUACACUGAUUGGACCACAACAUCAGGUUCAGCUGAUGGGUGUUUCUGCCAUAUGCAGGUAAAAUGGGCGGAGCCAAGAAUAAAACAAACACCAGUCAAGAAGCCUUCAGGUUAAACUCGCUGAGCAGUGGACGAUGUAGUUCAUCUCAACAAGGACGUGACACCAACCAUAGCUUUAAUGUGUUCCCUACAAGUGACAAACUGCAGCAUCAUUCCAGACAUAUUUUGACUAGAAUGUGAUGGACCCCUCUGCACCACCACAUGGCCCACCACCUGUGCCACCACGUAGAGUCCUCCAGAGACAAAAUUCUGUGACGGAGAAUGAAAAUGAAUCGCACCUUUAUGAGGUUAUUCCAGACAAGGAACCUCCAGCUGUGUAUGAGAGACAGUUCCCUCAUUCUAAAUCACAGUCUUACGCUCCAAGCCAACUCAAGGCUCAAGGUAGUCCUAAAGAUGCUGUUGACAAAGGAACGAAUAAGCCUCCACUAGCCCGUCGUCCCCCUCCAGCGGUCCCAAGCUCAAGUGUGCCUAGCAGGCGGGUGUCCCCUCCUGUAAUACCCAGGAAGCAUGCCCCACUCGGCCACAACAAAAUUAGGUUCUCCUGUGACCUGAGUGGUCCUGCCCACAAACUGACCCGCUCCAACACAAACACUGAUGAGCUGUAUCGAUGGACCAUCGACCUGAUAGAUACUCCACAGGGCAGCACCAGAACCAUGGCUGCAUUUUGUCAAGCAACAUCCAAUCUGAUGUCACGCAACAAAAACACACAAAGCGUUGCCAACUUCGGUAUGGUUAGGGCGAGAGUGCUUGACAUCCACCCUGCACUACUGCUGCAGGUCCAGCUGACGAUCAAUGUGGCAAUUGAACAGGAAAGUAACAAUCAGAUUGCCAUCCCCACUCCAGUGAACAGGUCGGUGAAAAUCUUCAUUGAUAAAAUUGUUCAGCUGCUGGACCUCACCCCCAAAACAAAUGGUCAUUAUGUUCUCAAGACGUGCAACUCUGAGGAGUAUUUCCACAAUGAAAAGCUGCUGGGCGUGCACGAGAUUGUCCAAACCCACUGCAAGUUCAACAUGGACCUUCCCCUUCGACUGCUCCACACGAGUAGCCUGAAGCACAGCCUGGCGAGGGAUGAGGAGGAGGACGGUGAAGACAAACCCUCUCCACAUCUCUACGAGCUGGUGCGGCCCAUUUGCAUCUUUAACACGUGCAAGUUGAGUCUGCAGAAUGUGCUAACGAGCUACAGCAGAGAGGGAGCCAUGCUGUUGAGAAGUAAAUCGGGAAUGAAUGUGAACGUGCUGGUGGCCCAUGUCCGCACCGUUACAGAUCUCGUGUGUGGCCUCUCAAGUCGAGAGCUGGAGGACGCCAUUGGCAGGCUCAACAGAAUCAACCCCAUCCCUCUGAGUCACGAGGAAAUGUCUGAGUGUGAGAGUGCCAUGACGGCACUGCACAAGGCGCUGAUAGCAGUCAUGCAGAGCUUUUUUGACAACAUCCCGUCCAACUUCAGACCUGCGGUGGUCACCAACAACGUGCUGACUCGUGAUGUGGAGAAUAACAGUGCAAUCCUCCAAUUCAACGUGACCGCCCUCUACAAACUGCAACCCAGCUGGAUGACCAUUUACGACUGCUUCUCGAUGUCCUGUGAGCUGACGUAUGGAGAUGGACAGAUCUGCUCAGCAGUUGUUUCGGAAAAUAUUAGCACUGCAUUAUGCUUUGAGAGGAAAAUACAGUGUAACCGCAUGAUGGCGUUUCCUGUGACAGUCAAUCAGUUGCCUUAUGAGUGCAUGUUGACGUUCCAGCUCAUGGGCUCAAAGCGAGGAAAGAGCCCUGAGAUGUUGGCCUGGGCUGUUCUUCCUCUUUACAGCAACAGAACCUUGCUAAGAGGGACCAUCCUGCUGAGUUUGUCCACACUGGCCAUGCUUCAUUCGCCUCCUUCUCCCGCUUUGUUCGACAGCCACAGACAAGCAGUUGGAGUCAUCCUGCAGCUUGACUUUUCAGAUCAGGUGAAGUGGACGUAUCAGAGGCCUAUCGAGCUCCCCGGGUCGAUCUUAUUCUCUUCGCCUUGUGAAGAUUUGGAAAAGAAAAUGUUACAUGUGUCAAAGAAGAUUUGUGUUUGCUUUCUGUCAGAAUAUGAGAAGAGCUUCCUGUGGAGCAAACGUCACCAUGGCGACCAAGCAAGCACCUUCCUCCACCUGCUGCUUAGUGGAGCCCCCCGGUGGCAGCCUGAAGACCUAACAGAAAUCUACACAAUCGUGGAGCACUGGGCUAUCCAUCUUCCUGAGGAGGCCCUCUUCCUGCUCACUGAUAGUUUUCCUGACCAGACAGUGCGCAGGACCGCUGUUCAGUAUUUUCAACAAAUACCAGAUGAUGUGCUAGAGCAGUUCCUGCCGCAGUUGGUCCAGGCUAUGAAGAGUGAGUGGGAACUGGAUGGUCCUCUUGUCAUGCUGUUGUUGGAGAGAUCACUGAAGAACAUCAGAAUUGCACAGCAACUUUACUGGCUGCUGGCGGAUGCUUGCACAGAUGAGCACUUCCAGAGCUGGUUCAGUAAGGUGCAGGCGGCCCUGCGCUACUGCUGUGGCCGAGCGUUGAGGGAGGAGCUGGACCAGGAAACCCGCCUGGUGUCGGUGGUCGUGCAGGUGGCGGAGAAGAUUCGCACGUCGGAGAAGACAAGGCGGAAGACAAUUUUGAACAAAGAAAAGGGGAAGAUUGAGAAGUUCUUCAGUGAUGGGAGAAGCUGUUGUCUACCUUUAGAUGUUGCUCUCCGUGUAAAAGGAGUGGACCUGGAUGCGUGUAAGUUCUACAACUCCAACACUGCUCCUCUGGGGUUGUCCUUUAUUUGUACUGAUCCGCUGGCCAAGAACAUCAGUGUGAUCUGCAAGACAGGAGAUAGCGUACGCCAGGACAUGCUGGUACUUCAGAUGGUCCGGAUGAUGGACAGGGUGUGGCUCCAAGAAGGGUUGGACUUGCGAAUGGUCACCUAUAGAUGUCUGUCGACUGGCCAAACUCAAGGACUUAUAGAAGUGGUUCCUGAGGCAGUGACCCUGGGCAAGAUUCAGCAGGAGUGGGGUCUGGGCGGGACCCUUCGACAAGACACCUUGGAGAAGUGGUUCCACAUGUGGAACAAAACAAAGGAGGACUAUGAAAAGGCUGUGAUGAACUUCAUUCACUCGUGUGCAGGUUGGUGCGUGGCCACCUUCAUCCUGGGGAUCUGCGACCGCCACAACGACAACAUCAUGCUGAAGCACAGCGGGCACAUGUUCCACAUAGACUUUGGCAAGAUCAUGGGCAAUGCACAGAAGAUUGCAAACUUCAAAAGAGACCGGUCACCGUUCAUCUUCACAUCGGAGAUGCAGCACUUUAUCACGGGCGGCGGGCAGAAGCCUCAGCGCUUGCAUCGCUUUGUGGAACUCUGUUGCGAGGCUUAUAACAUCAUCAGACGGCGAUCUGCCCUCAUACUAAGCGUUCUGGAGCGGAUGAUCAGUGCCGGAAUGCCAGAACUGAAGGAUUCUAAUGACCUGCAGUACGUCCAAAACAACCUCAGACCUCACGACACAGACCUGGAAGCCACAUCCUACUUUACAAAGAAGAUCAAGGAGAGCAUGGGUUCUGUUGCGGCCAAAUUAAACUUCCUAACACACAGCAUGGCCCAAGGGAAGAAACAAGGACCGCAAAUCAGUGAUGGCGUUCCUGCUCCCAGCACCAAUAUUCAGGAUGCUGUCAUCCAUGACCACAGCAUCAAGGGCAAAGUUGUGGUGAGGCUGCACAAGUUUUGUGUUCCUCUCUCCUGUCUUUAUUAUGACCAUCAUACAUCAGCACCGUUGCCUAUUUUUGUUUGGCAGAUCUAUUAUCUGAGAGUGACUAUUGAUGAUGGCUAUGUGUAUAGUGAAAUGACAUUUGAGGACUUUGAAAUGAUCCACAAGCAGCUUCAGAAACACUUUAUAGAGUCCACUCUGCCUCAGUUCCCUUGCUGGUAUAUGAUGUCAUUCACACCAAACAGGAAAGUGUCUCAGUUGAAUAAAUACCUGAAACAACUUUUUGAAGGACCUUGCAAGGGAAAUGAAUUUGUGUGCAGCUUGUUUUUGGAUGGACCCAAGAGAGAGAUUCAAGGAAAUGUGGCAACAGAAGACUGUCCUCAAAUCCAGCUGUACAUUUCUUACACUGACCGUAAGCUCUCGGUUUUGGUGAAACACCUCAAGAACAUUUCUGUUUCUAAGACCUACUUAUUACAGAAGACUGCCAACGGCUCUAAUCCCGACGCCUACGUGGUCACAUGUCUGAGACCAGACCCCCAAGGGCAAUCCAAGAGGAAGACUAAAGUAGUGCGAAAUCAUGACAACCCCACCUUCAAUGAACUGUUGGAGUACGCUAAUGUUCCCCUGCUGUACGGCAUGGUGCUGGAAGUGAGCGUGAAGAGCAAAAAGACUUUUGUGGCUGCAACAAACAUCAAACUGGAGGAGGAGCUGCUCAAUAAGGAGACCUGGUUUACGCUUAGAAACUGUGCAAUCUAACCUGAGAUGCACUGAAGCCCUGCUCCCAGAAGGGGGUGCAAUCACAAUGAGAAACACCUUUUACUUGCUUCCGAACCACAAUCACGUCUGAAAUGCGGUGUGGAUGGAGGGUUCGGAUGAAGUUACAAAGCCGAAUGACCGCCUCAGGUAAAUGCAUUGCAUUUGAAAUGCGGCGAGUCACGGCACUGAUGUUGAAAUGAAAGCUACACGUUGGAAAUGUUUUUGUGAUUUGUUCUCAUUUUGUGGCUUUGGGCUGGAGAAGACAUUUGAUUUAUUUUCCUUCCAUUGUCAGUUGUGGAAAUAAAUGAAUGUUCCCCUUGCACCAAGCAGGGCGCACGAA